AUGGAGGACGCUACGGUGCCUUUGCAUCUUGAGCCGUUUCAGCAUGGUGAAGUGUCCGACAAAAGGAUUUGGAUCGGAAAUCUUGACACCAGAGUUAAUGAGUAUCAACUACUGAAACUGGUUCGUGCGUAUGGGAACAUUGAGAAGUUUGACAUGCUGUUUCAUCGGAGUGGUCCCAAUGCGGGACAGCCACGGGGGUUUGCGUUUGUUACGUUCAAGCUGAGGCAGGAUGCCAUUAAAGCCAUGAACUCACUCAACGGUCAGAUGCUUGGAACAAAGAGGAUAAGCGUCAAGUUUGCUAAGAACACUGACGAACAAGAGAAACCAAAACCAGAACUUGGCAUAGCAGUUCUAGCAGGUGCUAAACCAGAGCUCAAGUUAAGCAAAAAGACCGCUAUCCAGUCCAUAGAGGCCAAACUAAAAAUGAUGGAGAAUAUGAAGGCAGGUGAUGACUUUGUAGUCAAUAAGUUAGCUGCAAACGAGGCACCAGUCAUUGCACAAUAUCAGACUAAACAGUAUCAACCACAGAAAUCUGUUUCCUCCUUUAGAAGAAGACAUCCGUAUCAUAAAAAAAGAUAG